AUUUAGCGGCAGGGCGGACGAAAGUUAGAUCCUUCUCUCCUCCCCUAGAAACACCCCCUGUGACAGCUCCCAACCAUCAGGGGUAAUUACUUCCCUAACAUCUUUUUAAAAUGAAUGAAAUAGACUUUUUCUUUGUGCUCGUAGCAUGCGCUCUCAUCGACUUUGCUUUUUCCCAAAGACGACAGAUCGAACCUUCAGUGACAGAAAAGGAUAUUGUCCAUUUGAAUGCUGGAAUUGCAGUACCGUUCGGAAGAUCUGUCUAUAUUGAUCCGGAAUUAGAUCUGAACAUAAGAGUUCGGCCUGGUGACCGUUGCACAGUCCGCGUCAUUCAAAAUGACCCGUUAUCCCAGAGACCUGGAAAACUUACUCCAACUAAUUUCCCUUGCCAGUUUGGGCAUCAGGAGGUGCUGUAUUCCCACUACGGAGCGCGAAGCCCGGCUCAGGAUAAAGUGAAACUUAUGAUCCGGUAUGAUUCUCAAGAUGACACUCUAAUCGUCCCCGUCUUAGUUAACGUCCAGGUUCUGUUCGAGCAACUGGAAGUGGUGACCAAAAAUGUUCCUCUCAGUGUCGAUAAACUUGGAGGUGUCAGUAAUCCCAUUGACGGCAAAGUUCUACAGUUUACUUUUGAUAGAGGUACUCAGGUGUGUAAAGUGAUGAUAUUAAAUGUGGCUAGUGGGCUACCAGCGUAUGGUGAACUUGUCAACGACACCUCAAAUGGAUUGAUGCAAGAUUGCGACAGUUUGCUCAGUUCGGAUAUAAGGUACAAGCACACCUCUCCUAAUGAAACGCCAAAUAGAGAUUUCAUUCCAAUGGUGGUGGAACUCAAUGACAUUGACGGCAAUCUUCUUAAACAAGAGUACUUUCAGGUUAUGGUUCGUAUAAGGGAAGGAGAAGAAAAUACACCACCGCAGCUUAGUUUCAGUGCGCUAUUGCUAAUGGACGUUAAUCAAUUUGUCAUGACUGCUAUUACACCGAAUAUAUUAAUAGCUGAAGAUCUAGAAACACCCCCAGACAAGCUAAUUUUUAACAUUACCAAUCCUCUAGGACAUGGAGAAGGAUCUAUAGUCAGUACCGAUGACCAAAAUGUUCCCAUAACAUCCUUUUACCAGAAAGAUUUAAAUGAUCUGAAAAUUGCAUACAAACCUCCAGCAACGGAUUCUGAUGAAAGAAGAUUUUAUCUCGUUGAGAUGGAAGUUGUUGAUUCCGAUGGAUUCACUUCGGAUCCAUUCAGUUUGACAAUUGUUGUGAAUCCAAUGAACACGCUAGCACCAUUGGCGACAAAAAAUGCUGGUCUCGUACUUUUCGAAGGACAGUCCAGAAAGUUAAGCAGCUCAAAGAAUUUGGAAAUAUCCGAUGAAGAUAAUAUUGAUGACGUUGUUGUGAGUGUAGCUGGCGGUUUGAAGCAUGGAAAAUUACUGCUGAUGGGAAAUCCAGUGAAGCAUUUUUCUCCUGGAGAUUUAGAUGAUGGCCGAAUCGUUUACGAGCACGACGGAAGCGACACUUACAGCGAUAAUAUUAUCUUCAGGCUCAACGAUGGACAGCAUCAGGUUGAAUUUUUGUUUCCUGUCAUAGUAUAUCCAGAAGAUGACGAUGCUCCGAUUUUAAAUGUCAACACUGGCUUAACUAUAACCAGAGGUGAAGAAGUGGAAAUAACGCCAUUCGUUUUAAGCGCCACAGAUAUAGAUAGCGAUGAUGCCUCUAUUAAGUUUGAUUUAAUACAGCCAAUUUCAGUAUAUGGAAAAAUAUUGAUGAAAAAGGCUGAGAUACCAAAAGAUCCUGAAAACUGGAUUUAUGAUGAUGGCUUUUAUGAAAGAAUUGUCACAUCUUGGACUCAACAAGAUCUUAUCGAAGGAAAUAUUUUUUACAGACAUUCAGGAGAUCGCGUGCCUUUCCCGCUAACAGACAGGAUAAGAUUCAAGCUCAGUGAUGAUAAUAUACCCCCAAAUGAAUCCCCCGAGAAGGAAUUUGUUAUUCGAAUAAUGCCAUUGGACAAUACACCACCCGAAGUUUACCCAUCUUCUCCUCUUCAAAUGACCGUCGAAGAAUUUCAGUUGACGGACAUAACCAAACAGCACAUGCGUUUCAUCGAUGCCGAUACGAAAGAUCGUGAUCUCAUUAUUAAAAUCACUAAAAAUCCAUUUGAUACAGAUGAGAAUAAUCCAAUGGAUCCUGGAAAAAUUGUCUUUUCUGAAAAUCCUGAUGUAGAAGUAACCGAAUUCAAUCAAGCUCAAAUUAACCACCACAAAAUUGCUUAUAAGCCGCCUCCCAUUGAACUCGGUAUGGUACCCAGACUUAUCCAAUUUAAAUUUGAUGUACGUGACAAAGCAGGAAACAUUUUACCUGAUCAAGAGUUUGCAAUUCUUUUACAACCAGUUGAUAACAAGCCACCAAUUGUUCAUAAUGAAGGUAUUGAAAUACUUGAAAACGGAUUUAUUACUCUGACGCCUGAUGUACUCGAUGUUGUCGAUGAAGACACUGAUCCGAGUCUUUUGACAUUUUCUGUCACAGACAAGCCAAAGCACGGAAUUUUGCGAAUUGGCGCGUUAGAGAUGUCAAAUGGCGAUUCAUUCACAAAAUUAGAUAUAAAUAGUGGUAUCGUUUCAUACAGUAAUGGAGGUUCAGAAGCUGAUUCGGAUAGUUUCAGUCUGGAAGUUACAGAUGGGGUUCAUAUUGUCCCUGUCAAAGUACAUGUCACUAUUAAAAAUAUAGAUGAUGAAGCACCAAAACUGCAAAUUGCCCCAGGCACUCUUGGCGUUAGUGUUGAUGUAGAUGAAGGUGGCAGAAGUGCAGUAACAAAUGAUUUAAUAAAAGCAUCUGAUCUAGAUACAGAUGACCAGAUUAUUACUUUUAUCAUUGAUGUCUUACCAGAACACGGAUCUAUAGAAGUAAAUGGUAUAAUAGUAGAUCGCUUCAAACAAAAAGAUUUGCAAGCUGGACGUGUGUAUUAUGUUCACAAUGGAAUUGAAAUUGGCCACAAAACAUUAGAGGAUUCUUUUAACUUAUCCAUAUCUGAUAUGUCUAACGAAUGGAUUGUUGGAGGAAAUGCCGUAGAUCGCGUUUAUGUUACCGUACUAAUAAAGCCUGUAAAUAAUUUUUCUCCGGUAGUUGACGUUAGUGAUUCAUUUAAGGUUGUCGAAGGAAACAAGAGCUUAAUAACAACACAUCAUAUGAAUAUAACUGAUCUUGAUACUUCGGAAGAGGAUAUAAUAUGCACAAUAAUUGAACAACCUAGUCAUGGUUAUAUUGAAAAUUUUUCUCCAGCACCUGGUUCCGAAAGACCACGAAAAGGCAUACCAGUGACAACAUUCUCAGCUUCUGAUGUUAUCGAUGACUACAUUAGUUAUGUGCAGAGCAUACACAAAGGACUAGAACCUUUAGACGACAAAUUUACAUUUUCUUGUUCAGACGGCAUAAAUUCAUCUCCAGUAACGUCAUUUCCAAUUCAAAUCGAACCAUCCAACGACGAGGUUCCAGAGAUUUAUAUGAGGGAAUUUAUAGUGAUGGAAGGCACGGAUCUCAUUAUUGAUUUACCCAUAUUGAAUGCUCUCGAUCUUGACAUUCCUAAGGAUAAACUUGUUUUUAUAAUAACCAGAGAACCAAAGCACGGUGUAAUUGCGUCUCAUAUGCCAACUGGAACUGUAACUGUCAAAAAUUUUACUUUAGAACGUAUCGCUAGAGGAUCCACUAUAGUUUAUCAGCAUGAUGACAGCGAAACGACCGACGAUAAUUUCGAACUUACUGUGACAGAUGGUUUACAUAAUUCAAGUAAAACUCUUUUGGUAAUGGUGAUACCAGUCGAUGACGAGACGCCUCGACUAGUAAUUAAUGAUGGCUUGGAUAUUGGUAUUGGCGAAUCAAAAUUGAUCACUAAUCGUGAAUUGAAAGCCGAAGACUUAGAUUCGGAUGAUUCUUCAAUAACAUAUGUUAUAAGGCAAGUUCCUAAAUAUGGUUAUAUUUCAUAUUUGGAUUUUUCUGGACAACAACUCUAUAAUUUAACUCAUGGAAUGAAUUUUACUCAAUCUGACAUAGACAAUGAACUCAUACAAUACACUCAUUUUGGACAAGAAGGCGUUAGGGACAUUAUAAAAUUUGACGUUACUGACGGCUACAAUCCCUUUGUAGAUCGUUAUUUUUGGAUAACUGUUGAGGGCAUCGACUCGGUAUAUCCUGAUGUCAUAAACAGAGGAGUUGAGCUUCCAGAAGGAGGAAAAAUAAUUUUGGAUACUAAUACACUAAGUACCACUGACUUGAAUAGCAACGACGAAGAUCUACUGUUUACAAUAACUCGACCACCAACGAGAGGACAUUUGGAGAAUACAGAUUUUCCGGGAAUCCCAAUUACAUCAUUUACCCAACUUGAUCUUGCUGGCAGUAAAAUUUAUUAUGUUCAUACCAGUGGUGAUGAAGUGAAAAUGGACAAUUUCGAGUUUGAAGUAAGCGACGGAUAUAAUUCUGUAUAUAGAACAUUUAGAAUAUCGAUAAGUGAAGUGGAUAACAAGAAGCCAGUGAUUCAUGCGACAGUAUUAGUGGUGAAAGAAGGAGGUGAAAGACUUAUAACACCCUUCGAACUAAAAGCUGAAGAUAGUGAUACAAAUAAAGAUAAAAUUGUGUUUAAAAUAACUCAAGCUCCAAUCAAUGGCAAAAUCCUGAGGAACAAAUCGACAGUUGUUAACUCUUUUACAAUGGCAGAUAUUUCGGAAAAUAUGAUAACCUAUCAGCAUGACGGCUCGGAAACUUUAGAAGAUGAGUUUUCAUUCGUGGUCAGUGAUGGCAAGCAUUCCGAGUUUUUCAUGUAUCCUGAUUUAGACAAACCUUUACGAAAUCCAGUUACAGUUAAAAUAACUGUUGUUCCUGUAGAUAAUAUUGCUCCCAAUUUAGUAACGAAUAGGGGUGCUACAUAUCUCAAUCCUUUGGAAGAUGGUAACAUCGGAUUCCGAUUCAACAAAAAAGUGCUGAGGGCAGAAGACAGAGACAGUUCAGAAUCAACUUUAACUUACGUGAUAACAGCUCCACCUAAACACGGGAUUAUAAUUAACCAAGACUUUGUUAAUCAGACGAUAUCUAAUUUUACUCAAGAUGACAUCAACAAGAUGAAAAUAUUUUAUAUUCUGGAUCCUGAGACGAAUGCAACAGGCGACAUUUUUAAAUUCAAAAUCGUUGAUGGUGGAAAAAAUGAACUGACCCAUCAACUCUUCCGGUUCAACUGGGCUUGGAUUAGCUUUGAGAAAGAAAAAUAUACGAUCGAUGAAACUGAGGAAAAUCUUCAUAUCACUUUACUGCGAAGAGGAUAUUUGGGGGAGACAUCGUUUGUUGGUUUAAGUGUGAAAAAUGUGACUGCCAAAGAAGGCUUGGACUUCAGUGGAUUUUAUGCACAUCAAGUUCAGUUUAAUCCUGGUCAAUCAGAAGCUCAUUGGAAACUCAGAAUAAUAGACGACAAUUUGUACGAAAAAAAGGAAAUAUUCGAUAUUGAAUUAGAAGAACCAGUUUCGGCCGCUUUGGAACAUCCUUUGUUAGCCCAAGUGUCAAUUAUCGACAAAGAAGACGAAUCCACAGCUUUCAUUCCUGAAGAAUUUUAUGAAGUGGACGAAGAUAUAGGACGCUUGGAAAUUCCUGUAAAAAGAAAAGGAGAUAUUUCUAAAGAAAUGAUGGUCAUCUGUACAACUGAACCAGGAACUGCUCAGGGUACUUCUCCGAAAUCCAUUCUGUCCUUUACAGACUACAUUAGCAGGCCUGAAGACCACAAAAGUAUCGUCCAUUUCCAAAGAGGAGAAGAUUUGCAAUAUUGCAGGUUGAUUAUUAUAGAUGACUCGCUGUAUGAAGACGAAGAAACCUUUACGGUGAAACUCACAACACCUUUGGGAGGUAGACUUGGUGUUCACAAUCAAACAACCAUCAAAAUACUGCCCGACUUGAAAGAUGUACCUUCUAUUUAUUUUGGUGAAAUGGUACAGUAUGUGGACGAAAGUGACGGUUAUGUUGAAAUUCUGGUGUGGCGCACAGGUACUGACCUCAGUAGACCGUCCACCAUAACUGUUCAAUCAAGACCUUCAGAACCAGUGACAGCAGAAGCUGGCUUUGAUUAUAUUGGAGUUGGAAGAAAUUUAGAUUUUGCCCCAGGGGUGACGAUGCAGACCUUCAGGGUAACUAUCCUCGAUGACUUGGGUCAGCCACAGUUAGAAGGGCCAGAGUCAUUCGAAUUAGUUCUGCGGAUGCCAAUGAAUGCUGUACUUGGAACUCCGGAUAAGAUGGUUGUUGUCAUCAACGAUUCCACUUCAGACUUACCCAAGUUUCAGUUCAAGGACUCUGCUUAUAUUGUGUUUGAAAACGACAGCCGACUGAAUACAGUUGUGACUAGAAAUGGGGAUCUGAAACAUUCGGCUGCAGUUCGCUGCUACACUCGGCAAAUGUCUGCUCAAGCUUAUGACGAUUUCGAAGAGCGUCCGGAUACAGAUGAAAGUCUGAUCGUUUUUCAACCUGAUGAAGUGGAGAAGCUAUGCCCUGUUGUCAUAGUAGAUGAUACUUUAUUCGAAGGUGACGAAGAAUUUCGAUUGGUGCUUGGGUCACCAAUCAGUGACUCUGCAGGCGGAGCCAUUUUAGGACAUAGAAAUACAACUAUCGUUACCAUAAAGGACAUACAUGAUAAACCAAUCAUUCGUCUAGAAGAAAACAGAUACACUGUGAAAGAGCCGCAGAAAUCAAAGGAGCCAACCAUUUUGCAAAUUCCUGUUCUAAGGACCGGUGAUUUGUCAAAAUUGUCUCUUGUGAGAGCCCACACUAAGGAUGGAUCGGCGAAAUCAGGAGAGGAUUACGUUCCGUAUUCAAAAGAAUUGGCUUUCAAACCGAAUAUUAGUAGAUUGCUUGUUGAGCUAGAAAUUCUGCCCGAUGGAGAAAAAGAACACAGAGAAGCUUUUACAUUGCAUUUAAGGCCAGACAGGAGAAUGGUUGCUGAAGUCAAGGAGCCAAAGGCCAUCAUCUACAUUCAGGAAAUGGAUAUUGUUGCAGAUGUCACUUUCCCAGCCCGACCCAUGGUCGCAUCUCUUCGCGAAUACGACGAUGCGGCUAAAGCUACCAAAGAGCCCAUUUCCGGAUAUCCUGUCGUCUGCAUUACGCCCUGCAAUCCCAAGCAUCCUGACUUUUCUAAGACGGGUAAUAUAUGCUCCAAAGAAGGCAUCAACCAGACUUUGACCAAGUACAGAUGGAGAGUUUCAGCACCGAGUGGUCAAGACGGAGUGACAAACGAUCUCCGGGACGUAGAAUCUGUUACCUUUUUCUCGGACACUCAUCACAUCACUCUGGACAGCAUUUACUUCACUGCGGGGAGUCGAGUGCAAUGCGCAGCGAGAGCGGUCAGCAAAGACGGAGACGAAGGCUUGGAGCUGAGCAGCGUGCCCGUGGUCAUCUCUAAGCAACAAGGCAUCUGUGCCCCCAGGCUAGAAGGGUCAGUGGGAGCGGAACCUUUCACAGCCAAAAUGAGAUAUACAGGUGCUUCUGAUCCUGAAUAUCCGAAUUUGAUAAAGCUGACCAUCACCAUUCCUCACUGGGAUGGCAUGCUGCCCGUGAUUUCGACUAGGAAACUGACCAAUUUCGAACUGACUCUGAGUCCUGAUGGCUUGAGAGUAGGUACACACAAAUGUUCCAAUUUGCUUGAUUAUUACGAGCUGCAGACGAAACAUGGUUUCAUUACGAAUGCCACCAAGAACCCUAACGUGGUUGGAGAAGCCGAGCCGUAUCAACAUAGCGCCGAACUAAGGAGCGAGCCAACUUUAAGGUUUUACCGCAAUUUGGAUCUCGAAGCUUGUAUGUGGGAAUUCACUUCCUAUUACGACAUGUCCGAGUUGGUGAACGAAUGUGGUGGGACUAUCACCACCGAUGGGCAGGUGAUGAAUUUAGUCCAGUCUUAUGUAUCUGUCCGUGUCCCUCUGUACGUGUCGUACAUCUUCCACUCCCCAGUCGCCACAGGUGGUUGGCAGCAUAACGAUCUCAGUUCACAGCUCAGACUGACCUUUGUCUACGACACGGCCAUUCUUUGGCAAAAUGGCAUAGGAGCUCCGGAAGAAUCCCUUCUACAAGGGUAUUUGUAUCCAACCCGAAUGACGAUAGGUCAAGACGGAAAACUAUUGGUAAAUUUCAGAACUGAACCAAGAUUCAGAGGCCAGUUUGUUUUGAACCAUCCUGAUUCUGGAUAUACCUCCAUGGUUAUGGCUCCCGAGCACCCGGACCUGUCUUUCACAUUGGAAUUGUUACGUACAGAACCUACUUUCGCACAACCGGAACAGGAAUGGCAGUUUGUCUCGGACUAUGCAGUUCGUGACUACUCCGGCUUGUAUCUCGUGAAGCUGGUCCCCUGCACAGUCACCGAGGACGUAGAGUAUUCGAAUCCCCCCCAGUGUAACCCUCGAGACCCCGUGAGCUUCGACCUCCACGUGCGAUUCCAACAGGUGAGCGACCCCGUUCCCGCCGAAUAUAGCCUCAACACUCAUCUCCACUUGAUGAGGAAGAGAGAUCUCUGGCUAUCCAACGGAAGCAUGGGGUUCGGGGAGGACAGCGACGCCUCUUUCGUACCCGGUGACACUGUGUAUGGUCGAGUUAUGAUGGAUCCGACUCAAAAUUUGGGCGAAUCUUUCUUCGUGAACGUCGAGAAGUGCUUCCUGUGCACCGGAGUGGAUGGCUAUGUUCCCAAGUAUGACCCGGAACACAACGAGUAUGGGUGUGUCGCAGACUCGGAGAAUUUGCUGUACGCUUUCAAGAUCAUCGACAAAGGCGCGCCCCGCUCUGUGACUAAAGAGUUCCGAAGCGUACCUUUCAACGCCAUUUUGGCCACCGAUGAUCCGGACAAAGAAGUUCAGUUGCUGAGGAAUCAACCAAAUGCUGACGGAUUUCGAUUCGAUUCAACACCUUUAUUUCAGGUGUCAUAUGGUCGACAAUGGUUCGUUCACUGCAUCUAUACCGUGCGUUCGAAAGAGAAAGCGACCCGAGGCAUUGGCAAACGAAGCAUUACGCAGUCAUUAUCAAGAGUCCAGCGUUCCGUUCUGGACGCAGAUGAAGUGGGAUUCAAUGGUCGCGGUACGAACAUGAACAGGUUGAUCCUGAAUUACUCAGAAAAAAAGAGGGACUCUAAGAGAAAUCCGGAACAGCAGAGACCAGCCAAGGUUCCUGCAGAUUCCUCUGCAGUUGUUGUGACUCUCGGCAUAGUGGGAUCUCUCCUCAUAAUAGCCAUAACGAUUCUUUUCUUGACCAGAAGGGAUCGGAGGACUGACACGCCCCCACCUUCGCAUGCGCCCACGAUCAUCAGUACAAUGACAGGCCAGAGCAGGAUCAUGAGCAGUAGACAUUACUCCAGAGCUGACGACCAUACCGAAGUGUAAAUGCCUGUUCAGUUGGGGGAUUUAUAAUUUUGGGAAACCGAGAUAUAAAUUUAGGAAAAAUUCCACUUAUUAUGGAAAGGUUAUUUUUAUCUGGAUGUCUUUAAGGGGACAGUGGACUGUAUUAGGCACUUUUGCGAAUUUUCUCAUUAGAGUUCUGAAAUUUUUAAGUUACAUAUAUUAUAAUAUAAAUAAGUCAAAUUUCUUUUUUAAAAAAAUUUCAAACCAAAUAUUAUUUUUAAAAAAUGAAAAGAUGUAUAAUUUUUUAAUAAAUUUCAAAAUAUUCCAGGCGACUUAAUUUUAAAUUUUUCUAUUAUUUUUCCAAUAUAAAUUUAGUUGGAAUAAAACUGUAUAUGAUUUUGUAAUUCCAAUUAAAUGCUAAUUUUUAGAAAUAUUUUUAUACACACUUACUAAAUAUUCAUAAGAAUUGUAUGUUUUUGGGAAAUAAAAUUGACUUUUAACAGUCUAAAAAACCUCGGAAUAUAAAAUGCAUACCCUGUUUUCUUUUAAUGCUUAAUAGAAAUCUUUAUUAUCAAUUCUAUUUAAUUUCUUCAAAAUCAAGACACCUGGAACAUUUUCAAAGAUAUUUAAAUCUAAUUACAAUGUCAUUUUGAGGAACGUCAUGAAAAGGUUCCUUUUUAAUGUUGGCCUUUGAAAUAUUCAUUUCAUUGAACAAUAUAUCUCAUAACACUAUUUUAGUUGAAUAUAAACAUAUAUUUUUGUGAGGAAACGAUAAAAGUAAAAUUUCAAGUUUCUGUCGAUUUUUGUUUAUUUCAAAGUCUACUGACCCCGUAAAGUCCCAUCUUUUUUUUCUGAAAGAUGCGAUUUUGGGAGUAUGAAAAUAUUUUUGCCGAUUUUUUUCAAAUUCUUCUGAUUUUAUUUUUCUAUUAUGUAAAAAAGAUGGGAAAUAAAACAUGGUUUGAGGAAAUGAAUUUAAAACGUGCCGGAACUUGAAGGCGAAAACAUCUUUGAAGUAAUUAAUGAGUUAAUUAAAAAAUUAAAAUUAGUCACUAAAAAUUAAUUUAUUUUAUAUCUUCUAUUCAUAAGAAAUUGGAAACUAAUAUCAGAAUUUUAAGAAUUGUAUAUAAAAUUCGUAAAUUGUAUACAUGAAAAUGAUGUCACGGGUCGAAUUUAUUAAGAUAGAAAUAAUUCUUAUUGUGGAAUUUGCUUUAAAAGCAUUCAUUGCAUAAAAAUGAGAUUUCAAUUUUUUACAUCAUGACUUCAAAUGAAAAAUUAUUGUUAUUUGAAAUACAUUAUUAAUUGCAUUUCAUCAUAUGUGUAAUGUCGUUUUAUUUAUUAAAUAUUAUUUUUUUGUUCUGGAAAUAUAUAUUUUCCAUUUUUUUCUUUUAUUAUUUGUCAGUUUAUAAUUUCUGGCAAAAAAAUGUAUUUAAUUUAUACAGUUUAAUUAAUAAAUUCGAUAUUUAACAGAUUUCCCAAAAUUUCACUCUGUUUAUGAUAAAUAUUGUAAAGUUAUGUGAGAAAAAGUUAUUUUCUACGAAAGAAUUUACAAUGAAAAUUUGAACAAAAAUGUGAAAGAUCUUAUGUAAUGUGUAUAUAAAAUUGAUGGAUCCUGGUGCUCAGUAUAAAGAUUUUGAUGUGUGCCUUGAAAAAUGGUUGUCAGUUGUUUUGUGUUCAUCGUUACAUUUUUGGGAGUCAUUAUUUAUC